AUGGGCCGCGACACCAAGCCGCUGGACUCGGACUACUCGGACUCGGACGUGGACAUGGACGUCCCGUUCCGUGCACGCGUCCCUAAGCUCGUGGUAUUGCCUGCCUGCCCGCCAGUGCCAGCCUCCGACGUUGGCGUCGAAGCGCCGCCAAUGAACCUUCUGUCGCUACUGCCGCCAGACAUGUGGGUGCAACUCACGCCGGCCGAGCGCGCGAGCUUGCUGCCGACGCUGCCCGACUUGAGUGGCUGGUGGGGCUUGUCGUCCGACGACGCGGCCGCCGAGAACGUGCGGCUGCUUCUCGCAGGCGCCAACGUCAACUUUGGCAACCCGCUCGCGCGAUUCAGCUUUCCGAGCGCCGCACGGAGCGCGCGGAUCCGCGACGAGCGUGUCGCGUUCGAGUGGGCUCGCACCGAGUACGCGUCGUCGGUCACCGCCUCGAUCCUUUCGCACCGCGCGCAGCUGCUGCGCGAGCCCAUGUCGCUGGACGAGCAUGCCCUGUCGACACCGGCAGCGGUGCCGGCGUCGGGCCGCAUUGUCAUCGACGAGCUUCGGCCAUCGGCGCCGUCGCUCUUUUUGGCGAUUCGCGCAGCCCUGCACGGCACGCCGCGCACAGCAAGCGAUGUCUGCGACAUCGUGUCGGCCGAGCACACGUGGACCCCGGCCUUGGACGGCGUCAAUGUGCCCGAGCUGACGCCGCGCCUGUAUGUGGAGAGCGCCCUCGUCUUUUUAUCGCAGCCGAUCGUCUCGACCGAGUUUGCCGGCGGCGCGCACGGCUGGGACGUGCCAUUUGUGGCCUUCGACCCGGCCACCGAGACGUAUACGUGGCGACGAGACGCGUCGAUCGAGCACGUGAGCAUGGACGACGCGGUGCGGGUAUUGCACCUCGAACGUCUCUUCCGGUCGCCAUUCCGCGAGACAGAUCCGAGCUUGCAAUCGCAUGCUGCCAUCUUGCGCGUCGCUCGGGCCCACAACGAAGCGUCCAAGCGGCCGCGACACGACGAAGAAGCUAUGGACCCAGCACCGUUGCCUCCCGCGUGCACCCUCAAGACGGCCGACGUGCCGAUGGCCGCGCAGCAGCGUCCAUCACAAGCCAUGUACCACGCGCAGGACCGCCAGCGCUACAGCAAACCCGGCAUGGUCUUCACGUACGUCAACACGGAGACGGGGCACGAGACGUCGGUCGGACCGCUGCUGCCCGUGGUCGACAGCCCCGUCGAUGACGCGUCGCUCUUGGUGGCUGUGCCUGACCUGCCGCCGGCCGCGUCCGUGGGCUGGAUCAACAUUACGCGCGAUGCGCUCGCCCGCCUUCCGCCAAGCGGCGGGUCGCGCGCCGACAUUGUAGCGCUCGCCGCACUCUCCAUGUACACGACCCUGGUUUGUUGUUGUUUUGUAUCAACUUGA